AUGAGGCUCAUCAACAUACACACCCUGGAAGUGGGAACUUUCAUCGGCGAAGAGAUUCCCGAGUAUGCGAUACUCUCGCAUCGCUGGUGUGAUGCAGACAACUCCAUAUCCUUUGCCUCGUUCACCUCUGGCUGCGACAAAGCUAGUGCUGGGUACCGGAAGGUCGUUGAUUUCUGCAAUUUUGUGAAGAGGGAGAAGGAUCACUUCUGGCCUGUAAGAGAUACCAAGGAUUACGAAUGGAGCGAGAAGCUCUGCCCGGGUACCUCUCGACGGCGGGGGGCACGGCAUAACUGUGAAUUCCUAUCAAACGUGGACUGGAUCUGGAUCGAUACUUGCUGCAUCGACAAAAGCAGCAGCGCCGAGCUUCCUGAGUCGAUCAAUUCCAUGUACCAGUUCUAUGCGCGAGCAAAGGCUUGUAUUGUCCACCUCCACGAUAUUGACACUCCUCCUUGCGGUGAGAGUCUGUGCAAUGUCGACUGCGAGACAUGUGACCAUACAAAGCACCAGAUCAAGCAUUCGGAGUGGUUCAGGCGAGGUUGGACGCUGCAAGAAUUGGUAGCGCCACAUACACGAGUGUUCGUCUCGGCAGAUUGGAGAAUUAUCGGUGGCAUUUUUGAUUUGGUGAAGUGGACGAACGCUUCUGAUAAUGUGUUAUUGAGCUGCGUUGCCGAGGCGUCGAAAAUUCCCUCCGUGGUCUUCACCGAUCAGCGACAGGUACGCGCCGCCAGUGUCGCUCAAAGGCUAAGCUGGGCCGCCGACCGCGUGACCACGAGAACAGAGGAUAGGGCUUACAGCCUCUUCGGCCUUCUGCAGGUCAAUUUGCCGUUGUUAUAUGGCGAAGGCUCGCGUGCAUGGCUACGGUUGCAACAAGAAAUCGUGCGCUCGUCCGGCGACGAAUCAAUCUUCGCCUGGGAGGCUGACUGUCCAGGCAGAGAGGGUAUGUUACCAUCGCCGCAGCCAGUGCUAGCUUCGCAUCUGGAGUGGUUCGCCAACAGUCUGGCUGUACGCAGAACGCCCAGGUUCGAGCGGCUGCCAUAUGUCAUCACCAACCAAGGCCUCGAACUUCGUCUGAGAAGCUCAACAGCCUUCUUAACAUUCCCUCCGCGUGGUAGAACCAUCACUAUACCACUCAAUUGUGGAGCGACCACUGAGGCCUCGAUCUGUGAUGUAGGAGCGAGGGUACUCGUGCUUCAGCGCAGAGCACUCUGCGGCCACUACGAACGACUCGGCUGCCCGGAAACACACGCAGUGCCUGAUCUCUUCCAAGCGUUGGGACACCAGCCCGAAUGGAUUGAAUGUGACGAGGAGACAAUCUACGUGCACACUUCGCCUGACCAAUGUCACUCUGGACUGGAGAUUGGGGGCCAAGCUGUGACGACUAUCCGGGCUACACCACAUAUGAGCAGUGUGCUGCGGUCCAUGACUGCAAAUGGAGCCGAUGAUAUGAAGGAAGCCUCGCGUGAGAGACGAAUCGAACAUACACGUGAUCCUGUAGACUAUAUCAAUAAGUUUGUGUCGAGCAUGCAUUGUGUUUCAUAG